GGAUUUUUCUGCUGGGGAACUUCCAGCAACUGCGAAGCCGGAGGCACGCAUUUUCCAGGGCGCUUGCAAGAAUGGCCCCUACGAAGAAAGGGAAAGGGAAGAGAGCGCGGAAGCCGAAGGAGAGGUCCGUGCCAGAUGAGGAGGAAACACUUAAGAAGACAACUCUGGAGGUUCACACUCUGAAAGAUCACCUUGUUCUCCGGAGGGAUGUGGCCAGACAAGCAACGGCCGACAGUGAAGGGCUGAAGCAGAGGCUGAUGGAACUGGAAAAGGAGCUGGAAGAGGCCCGAGGUGACAAGAGAGAUAUUUACGAAGAGAUGAUCCGCCAGUACCAGCAGCUUCAGCGCCAGACCAACACUCAGAUACAGCGCCUAGAAGAGGAGAAGCAGAACUUGCAGAAGCACCUGGCUGCUUGUCAGGAGGAAGUACGGCAGAGCCGGGCCGACCAGGCGAAGACACUGGAGGAGAAGGACCAAGCUCUUGCAGAGAUGCAGCGCAAGGUGGAUGUGAUGGAGACAGGAUAUGAACAAAUUCUGCAUGGCAGUCUGGAUUGUUUGCUCUCCAAGCUGCAAACCACCAAGCUCAGCUGGGAGAAGCAAGCCACAUCCAUCCAUCUGGAGUAUAAGGACCGGCUGAAGGAGUUUGGGCUGAAUCCGCUGGAGAUGUGAAGGAGCAUUCAGACUGAUAGACCUCCGCGUCCUUCAGCCUGGGGCAGUGCCGUGGUUGGUCCCGAGUUUGGGAUUAGCCCUAAAGCUGGUGGAGUA